AACACAGUGACGUCAUGCGUGUGUGUAAACAGCCGUUGAGACAUUUAAACGCCCAGCUGUCAGACAGACCCGCAGCGACCGCAACGCACUGACGUACAACAACUACUCAUCAACUGCAGCUGAAACACUGCAGAGACUCUCCAGUCGACCGCUUAGAGAAGCCAACAGAGGGAUGAACCUUGUACAUGAACAUUACUUUUGGUCCGUGUGGUCUCAUCUGAGGAAGAGUAUCAGGAUCAGUCUGGCCUUCAGCAGCAUCUUUCAGAGGACCCAGGAGCUGAACUGGGAGCGUCUGACUCAAAGACACCUCAUGAUAGAGCAGGAUAAGCAGCUCAGAACAGUGUUUUAUAACUACAUUACAUGUGAUUUUUGUCUUGAAGUCCAGAGACAAACUCAGUUUUCUGUUCCUAGUGGUGUAAAGUCACUAAGUACAUUUGCUUAAGUGCUGUACUUCAGUACAUUUCUGAGGAAAGUGCAUAUCGUUACACAUAUCAAUAUAUGGAAGAUAUAUUAAGCAUAAAGAGUUAAAGAUGAGCACAAAAAAAGAUGUUGAGGAGGAUAAUAAUAAGUGGAAGCUGUUUCAAACUGUUGAAGCUAUUAUGCAGCAUGACCCCGCGAGGAUGUCGUCUGUGUUUUUAUUCUGUGAUGGAACGCCUUUCCUGAUAUCCGCCGACGACGCUCACCCUCAAAACUUUGCCGAAACUCUGCCGGCGGAAAUGAGCGUGAAGAUCUUCAGCGAGCUGGACGCCGAGAGCCUGUGCAGCGCCUCGCGCACCUGCAAGCUGUGGCAUCAUAUCAUCGAAGAGAGCGACCAGCUGUGGAGGAGGCAGUGUCAGCUGGUCCGAGCCGUCUGUCAGAGAGAGGUGGACAGCGACAGGAGAGACGGCCUGUCCUGGAAGGUCACUUUAGUGAAGAACUACACUCGCAGCUGUUUGAAGAGAGACUGGCUGAGAGGACGAUUCAGCAACGUGACAUCAGCGGAGGAGCUGAGCGGCAGGAAGAUGGUUCCGCUGGACGCCGAGACCUGGGGCGAGAUCCUGCAGGCCGAGCUGGACAGAUGACCGACUGCAGCCUUCAGGAGUUAAUUUAUCACACCUUGAGCACUUCUGAGUGCCUAAUUUUUAACUUUAAUAUAUAUAUUUUAUACUUUUUGUCUGUAAUUAGAAUAAAUAUAUAUAAUUGUACAUAUUUUUUAACCUUUUUGUAAGAAAAAUAAGAUAAUGGUAAAAAAAGAACAAAUGAAACAGAAUCAUUACUGGCUGAUUUUAGAUCAUUACAAAUAGUGUAAGAAGUCAAUGAUAAAGCAAAACUGUUUAAUUGCUGUGAUGUAAAUAUGGUGAUGCAAUAAAUCACAUUUUUAAGAAGCUUUGAA